AUGGCUGACAAUGAAGUGACUGAAGAGGAGGCGACUGAAAGAAGCACUAGUGUUACAAUUCUUGUUGAGAAUGAAAGCCCCUUUUCUAGCGAUGUGUUGGAAGAGAAAUCUCGCUCCCCUUCUAUCCCUUGUUCCGGACAAAGUUCUCUGUCUAACUUGAGAACUGGAGAGAAGUUUCGAACCUUGAAGCGGCGAUCAUCGGUGGAAAACUUUGGACAAUUUGGGUUUUUGGUUCCUGCAUUAGCCCUUUUUCCACAAGCUGAUGGGGUGAGUUUUAUUAAUUUUAAUUUGAGUCUUAAGUCUUUGGUUACCAGUAAGUUGCCGAAUUCCAAAACAGGUGACUACACAGAUAUGAGUGUCAAAAAGUGAUCAUCCAAUUUAACCUCGGGUGACAAUUAUUUUGUGAUUACAUUUGUAUUUCUUUUGCGUCACACAUAUGAGGUCAUAUACAAGAUAUUAUGACUCGGUUGUCACUUGCAUUUUAAAAAUUACCAUCUUGUUUUCAACAUCGAGUUGACGUCCUGAAAAGCAGUUUUUAAAAAUAGUGCAGCAUGCAUUCCUUAUCAACGGUUGCUAAGGAAUGUUGUGCAAAUUUUCUUAGAAGAAAGGUCAGAGUUUGUUGGGUUUUCCUUGUGAUUUAUGGCAGUACAGCAUUUUCUUGAUCAAAUGCCACCCUUAAAUAAGCACUGGCCUAAAAUAAAAAUUUAAUGUUGCAUAUGGAAGAAUUACCGAUAAACACCUCCCUCAUUUAUAUUCAACACCCACUUGGAAAAAUACCGUUUUUAUUCAGGAUCAUAAGAAAAAACUUGAUACAACUUUGUAAUUUACAUCAUCCAGACAAUUAUGAUUCUCUCUCAGCAAAAAAAAGCACGACAUUGGAAGUUGUUUCCAAAUAAAGUGAUACUAAUGAUUAUAUGCUAAUUUAUGAUGAACCUCUAUUAAGUCGGCCAACCUCCAUAAAGCAACUACCUGCCAGUACCCCGAGGGUUGCUGCUUAAUAGAGGUACAACUGUAUAAGAAGUGAAAUGGUUAAUGUAAUAAGCGAUUUUUGUAUAUACUUAGACUGAUGCACUCACAAAGCAGUUUGGAGAUUUACAAGGUUCACACAGGGAAUUAAAGUUAGCAGCAGCUCACAUUGAUGAUGCAUUAAAAGGAAGGUAAAGAUUAAAGCUGGGUGGUUUUCUAAGUGCCAGAUGGUUAUAAACCGUCCAUCAGCAUGGUCUAAAAACUUUAAUUUCUGUUUUAUCUUAGAGGAAGUUAUGGAAAAGCUCGUUCAUAUUUUAAGCCUCGGUUAGCCAAAAGGUAUGAUUCUGUGCAUAGAAAAUUAUUUGUUUGUUGUUAGUUUUCAGUUUUUUCUGUCUAAAAUUUGCUCUAUUCUCUAGGUGUUUUGAUAUUCUGGACAACCCUUGGUUCCGUCGAGCUGUCAUCUGCAAUUCUCUGAUACAUUCCUUUCUCAUUUUCUUUGAGCCUCCAACUAUAAAUGUGUUAAGGUAGGAAGAAGUGUUUGUGUUGCAGGUAAAAUUUAUUCUUGGGUUAAUCCAGAAUUUCUUUCGUCCCCUGUGAAUAAUAUUAUAUAGGGCUAUGUUCCCAAGUUAGAGUUGCGUCAACCACAGGGAUCCCAUGUGGGAAGGGACUUACCUAAACCUAUUCUUUGCUCCUCUCUCCUGCGUGGGAUUCUAGCUUAUAGAUAUGUUCACAUUACAUCUAAUAAUCCCUUGAAUUUUUGAGGUCAAUUUGAAUUUAAUUGUGGUUUCAUGAGAUCAAUUUGAAUUUAAAACAGUUCAUACAUUAAUGUGGUGUGUUGCAUGUUGUAGUUUUUUUUUAUCCCAGGUAAACAGUUUCAAUUUCAUGAACAUUAAUGUUACCUGUUAAAAUACAUUAUUGUCUUGAUCUGUAAAUGUUGUUCAUGUUAAAUAUGUACGUGUUAUAUGUUUAUGAGUCUAUAUUUGGUUCAAUGGGAAAAAAAUAACCUUGCCUCUCUACAGUAUCUAUUAUUGUCAAGUUAAUAUUGGUUUGUUUAUCAAAAACAUUUUCACCAUUAUCAGUAGUUAAUUUUAUGGACUAUUUUUUUGUUUUUAGUGUUUAGAUGAUAUUAGUUAUGAAAACUUGGAUUCUUUAGCCAAAUCUGCUUGUUUCUUGUAGCGUUCAUCCUGUGGUGUUUGCCUUCAAUCUUUUCUGCAUUCUGCUGUUCAUCUUUGAUGUUGUGGUACACAUUAUAUUUCUAACGUGGCCUGUAUUCUGGUCCAGAAGAGCAGAAGGAGGACUCUGGAAUGGGUAAUUUUGACUGUUGACUUAAUCUGGGAAAUAUUUUCAGAUUUUUUGGGGGUAAGACAGUUCCUCAUAUUUGGGUCUGCUGUUGUAUUCACCCUGCAUGAAAUUAGUGAUUGCUCCCAGACAGUUCUAUUGAAAAAAGUAAAUUGUGUUUGUUAUCACGGCAAGGGUAUGUUACCUGCAUGAUGUAAAGAAAAUCGUUAUUUGGGUUUUGUUAUAUCCUUUUAACUUGCAGAGUGAAUGCUGGAGACUUGUAAGGUGAUCCUAACUUUUGAGUCUGUGGAUGAAACCAUUUGGUGUAAUCAUUUACUAUAUAUAAUUUUAAAUGAAAAUAUUACAAGAAAAGAUGGUUUGAUGAUCUUGUUGUUCUUGUUUAUUUCAGGGUUGAAUUUGUCCUUGUCUGUUGUUUCACUGUGGACUUUAUAUUAUUACUGGCAUCUAGAUUUUCUGGAGUGGUAGGUAAAAUACUUAAAUAUAGCGAACAUGCUAUUACAUAGUCUCCUUCGCAGCUGUUAUUAGGGUCGUCACGCAACGCUGCUCUGGGGAGGAACAUUGCGUGACGACCCUAAUAACGGCUGCGAAGGAGACUAGCUAUUUACAUGGCACUGCUUAAUUGUCAGCCUUCAAUUUUGGCUAGAGAAGUUUUCAAUGUUGAUUUUGUUUUAUUUCCUUUUUUUUCUCUCCCCAGUAUAUACCACAGAUUUUUAGAUCCCUCAGAUUAGCUCUUAUUUUGUGCAAAGUCAAGAAUAUGCGUCAUAUUUUUAAUGUAAGUGCAGUCAAGUAAAUUUUGCAUCGUCAGGACUAGUGAACUAUUGCAUUCGUCUUCAAGAUUGCCUUGCCGAAUAAUUUUAUCUCAUGACAUCAGUAGUAUUAACUUGAAUGAAAUGUUUGCACUCUUGUUUUGCAGGUAUUACUUACAAUAGGAUUUAAACUUUCAAAGGUACCUGUUCUUUUAGUAGUUAAAUUAAAGUUACAUCUAUCCUUUUAACCUCCUCAACACCUCUCCCAAUACUGACCCCCACCCCAUCCCCCCAUAAAAAUCUCCCAUACAUCUUUGGAAUGUCAAUUUACUACUCUUGACCCUGUAGUGUGAAACGUUUUGUAACAUUCUGCUUUGUUUUUUCCUUCUCUAGUUAUUUUUUAUAAUUCUAGUAUUUGUUCUGUUAUUUGCCUCUGUUGGAGUCCAUGUUCUUAUGGAUGCGUAUGAUUGUAAUGGACCAUCAGGAAAUUCAUCUUCCAUGACAUUACACCAUGGGUAAGACCUAGUAUUUCAAAAUAAAAAAGCCGUUACACGUCAUAAGGAUUUCUGAUUUUCAAGAUCUAUCGGCUCAAUAGUUAAAACUGCAACACAGUAGGGGUCUUCAUAGCUACCUCUGAGAGAAAGUCAGGGAUGGACGGAUCCAUGCGGAUGCUCAUACUAGCGUAGUAGCAUUGGGCAGAUUCAGAUGUCUUAGUUCCCCUUUGGAAACAUUGACACCCACCUUUUUAAAGUUGUCUGUGUCUUUUUUUACUUCUCUUGUCUCUAUUAUUUUAUUAUAGAAAAAGUGUUCCUUGUUUUGUGGAAGAUGAAGAAAAGGUUUACAAAGGGUAGGAGUAUUUAAAAAGUUUUCUUUAUCUGUGGUCUCUUUUUGUCAUAUUGAUUUGAAAGUUUCUGUCGUGAUGACAUAUUUUAUUCUUUUAUUCUAGGGCAUUUAAUCAUGUUGCCUUUGCAAUGUUAAGACUUUUUGUCCUUUUGUCGACUGAAAAUUUCCCGGUUAGUACACUGCAUAAUUAGUAUUAUCAGUUUUGUUUUACUGAAUUAGCUGCGAGGAAAUCAUAGACUUCUCCUUCAAACUGAAGCUUUUGCUUUUUAUUCACUGGUGAUAUUUUUAGGUACUGUUCUCGGAUACAUAAUCAAAUCUCAUUCAUUUUACAUCGCUGUUGAAGUUUGAGUGAUUUGAACGAGAUAUUCGAUGUUCUCUAAUUUUCCUGGCUUUGAGUUUCAGUUUAAUUAGUUGUUUCUUUUGGGUCUUUGCCAGAGUAGAAUAACAAUCUUUUUGCCAAUAUCAUUUACAUUUUCUUAGAGAAGGGUGUUAGAACAAUAAAUUUUUCUACAAGGAAAGAAAGACAACCUUUCGCGUGACCAGAGAAAUUUUGGCAAUUUCCUCUCUUGCUGUAAUUUCCAUCAUUUUCAUCUUCCUUUUCCUGAUUUUCCUCAUCUUCACAGGAGGUGUUGCUUCCAGCUCUUAGGGUACAUCCAGGAUAUUUUGUUUAUUUUGGUGAGUGCAUAAAAUACAACUCCUUCAAGUGUUCCAGCCCUUAUAUACCCUUAUGGGGCUGUCCUGAACUUGAGGCUGUUUUCUGGGCUAUCCAUACUAAGCCAAUCUGCUCCAAAGCGGUAUUGGCUGAAAGUGUGUUUAAUUUCUUUGCAGGGUUGUACGUAUUUGUUGGAGUGUUCUUCUUGACAGCGAUUCUACUGGCCAUUGUGGUGGACAGCUAUUGGUAAGCAUUGCCAUCAUUACUACCAACACCAAUCUUUGCAUUUAUCAUCAUCAUCAUCGUCAUUGUCAUCGUCAUCAUCAUCAUCGUCAUCGUCAUCAUCGUCAUCAUCAUCAUCAUCAUCGUCAUCGUCAUCGUCAUCAUCGUCAUCGUCAUCGUCGUCAUCGUCAUCGUCGUCAUCGUCGUCAUCGUCAUCAUCGUCGUCAUCAUCGUCAUCGUCAUCAUCGUCGUCAUCAUCGUCAUCAUCGUCAUCAUCAUCAUCAUCGUCGUCGUCAUCGUCGUCAUCGUCAUCAUCAUCAUCGUCCAUCACUAUCACCAUCAUCAUCAUCAUCAUCAUCAUCACCACCGCCACUAUUACCAUCAUUAUCAUCAUCAUCAUGAUCAUCACUGUUAUCGUCAUCGUCUUCAUCAUCAUCAUUAUCAUUUUCAUCGUUAUCAUGGAUCAAUUUAGGUUUCCGGGAAACUGCCCACCUACCCCUCCCUUAACCCAACAUUUUGCCUUAAGUAAUAAGUAAGUGUUAGUGUUGACUAAGAGGAAGGGUAUGUGGGCAGUUUCCCAGAAACCUAAAUUGUUAUUAUCGUGCCUUGUGCUUACGAUCGUCCUAUUUUGUGGUUUGAAAUAAGAGAUAUUCUCUUUUGGUUUGAAAACAGGAUGAGAUAAACGAUUGAAAAACCAAAGGUGCAUCAGCAUGGGGGACAGAUGUAGGAAAAUUCUUUUAACCACCUUGAAAUCUGUUUCUAUUUCCUUUCUGUCUGGUGAAAACCAAACAAAUUGCCUUAAACGUCAACACAGAUGGAUGCUCGUUCGUUAACACACUAAGUUAUUUUUCUCUGUUUCUGUAUCUUGAUUCCAGGGUUUAUUCUAAGAAGCAUGUUAAGAAAGAAAGAUCUAGGGAACGAGCUGAGCUGGCAAAAGCUUGGAAUCUUUUAGAUCCGUUAGGAAAGGGUGAGUUUCAUGAUUAUUCUACAUUUAAGUGCACCUCUGGAAGGUCCUGGAGUGUUAUUGUUUUGAGAUAAAAUGGCACCAACGUACCUCAUUCAUACUUUAACGGAGAGGGUGAAUAACGGUCGACUCGCCUAUGUUUUUGGUAGUUUGGUACACUGUGGGGUGAAAACUGAUCUGAAAUACUUGAACCUAAUUGCUUGGCACGUUUAAAAACAAGGAGGGCACAACUAAUUAGCUUCUCUAGCAAGACGUUCAAAAUCAUUAAGUAGAUUAUUAGGUGAGAUAACCAAAGUUUAGGCAUGUUGACAAGUAGUUGAAUUGACAGGAAGGUUCAAUUCUGAAGGGGCUAAGAGAUGGUUUAAAAUGAAAACGUAAGAGAGUAGUACUGCUUUUAACUUAAUUUACUCAUUUAUUUUUGCCAGGAGCCUUAAGUAUUGAUGACGAGAAGUUCAUUAAGCUUUUUCAACUUUUAAAACCAAAGGUAAGAUUCUUGUUAAGUCAUUAAACUCAUCGUUGCUUGACCACAUAAUGAAAUUAAACUGAGCAAGCGUCUUUGGGAUAGAAAUACCAGUUGAUUACGAGAGUCUGCUUAAGGAAUUAACCAUCUUGUCCGCACGGUCUUUUGGUUGCAUAUGCAUCUCGUUUGCAUCGUAUCUGAGUUACGUUUGAGUACUGUCUCUAUGCUUUUGCUUCAUAUCUGUGUAUCUGUAUAGUUUUUAGUCAUACCUGCGUCGUAUCUGUAACGUAUCUGAGUCGUGUCUACAUCGUAUCUGAGUCAUAAGCGCGUCGUAUCAGCAUCGUACUUGGAGCCACUUCUGCAUCGCAUCUGAGUCGUAUCUGCUUAGUACCUGAGUCCCUUCUGCAUCAAAUCACAGUCAUAUUUCUAUCCUUUAUGUAUCGCAUCUGGAACAUAUCUGUAACGGUAAGUAAGUCAUACACGCUUCGUAUCAUAGUGACAUCUCUAUCCUAUCGGGAACUUAUCUGUGUCUGCGUUGUAUCUGAAUCAUAUCUCUUUCUUAUCUGCUUCAUAUCUUUGUCGUAUCUGCAUGGUGUAUGAGACUUCCCCGCAUCGUAUCUGUAUCUUUUCUGAGCCAUAUCUGUAUCGGAUCUGAGUCAUGUCUGAAUCGUAUCUUGGUCAUACCUUCGUCGUAUAUGCAUUGCACUUGUGUGAUUCAUGCAUCGCAUAUGAGUCAUUGUACGUUUGUCUUAUCUGUAUCGAGUGCAGAACACAUCUGUAUCGUAUCUGCAUUGUCGUGAGUCAUUCCCGCGUCGUUUCAUACUUAUUUCUCUAUCCUAUCUGCAUCAUCUCUACAUUACGUCUGAUUCAUAGCUGAGUCGUUUCUGAGUGAUAUCAGUAUCGUAUCUGAGUCAUGCGUGCAACGUAUCCACGGGAAACCUGUAACUCAUCUACAUCGUACGUGAGACAAAUCUGUAACGUAUCUGAAUCAUACCUGCGACGUAAGUGCUUAAUUACACUCUAAAUCAGAAAGAUCUGUUUUAGACCUAAAAAUAGGGCCGUUUCGGUGAGUAAAAUACAGUCCUAUUUUUGAGUCUAAAUCAGGGCCAAUACAGUCCAAUUAGCUAGGGCUGAUUUGGUCCCAGGGCUGAAAUGGGCCCUACCGUGGGCUGGAAUAGCCUUGUGAUAGAGUUUUUUUGGCCUAAAUUGUGCUCAAAUGACUCCAGGAAGGGCUGAAUCAGACUUUGGCCUGCAGGGCUGAAUUGACACUUUGGGGCUGAAACAGAUCUUUUUAAUUUUCCGUGUAGUACGCAUGUCUGUAUCGUUUCUGUGGCUGUCUAGUCCCCAGUCGUUUCUCAGUCUCCUAUUAAUAUGAACAGAUCUUAAUGCCAGAAGCGCUGUCAAGGGGAGCGCAAGGGUUUGUGGGAAGGAGGAAAAAGGGGAGACUCUCCCUUUUGUUUUCCUUCUUCCCAUCAUCUGUCGCGCUCCUCUCGGUCACGCUUCUCGCGUUCUAUUGCCCGCGUGCAGUUAGAGACCAAUAAGGACUAAUCAGUUUCUAUCAUACUGUAUCAUAGACGUGUUUACGUCGUUUCUUGAUUUUGUAUCAGACUGCUUGUUACCGGCAUUAUAUCGACAUCGUAUUCAUAGCGUAUCCACGUUUCUUUAUCCUCCUUGCAACUUAGGUGCUAUCCUCCUUCCAUCUUUUUUUCCCCUCAGAAUUCAGAACCAGAAAACUUGAUGUUAAUUGAAAUGCUGGAUGCUAAUGAGGAUGGAGAGGUUGAUUCAUUUGAGUGGACCACUAUGCUGAGUCAGGUAACGUUGUUAUACACUCAAGGGUACCCUGGAAGGGUAUGCCCAUCUUUUGUCUAAUACGACGCUUGUAUCGGAUCUUGCUCAGUGGCUUAACUGCCUAACAGGAAAUUCAGUCCUUAGUACGUUUAUGAUUAUAAACAUUUCAUUGGUUUUAGAUUUCUAAGGUUUAAUUUUCUGAUGUUUCAUUUUUCAUUGGCAGGUUUUAAGCCUCGAAUUUGAAGAUGAUGAAGAUCUAUUACUACUUGAUGAAACCGUGAGUCAGCGUUAUGUACUGCGCGUGAUGUGCGAUGUGACUUGUUCUUCCACUUUCCUGAUCCUGAGGGGAUUUAAGUCGUAUAAACUUCUAUGUGUGUGUCUAUUGUCGCAAAGGGGUGUUAAGAUUGCUUCACGCUUGUGCGUUGUGACUGGUUGACAUAACGCGCGUCAUCUUCUGAACCAGUCAGGAGUGAUUACAAAAACUGGCGAACUUAAGUUAAAAAAAAAAACCUAGAGAAUUUCUUACGCGCCUGAUUCCUCGCCUAACCCAGGUACUUUAACGUAUCAACGAAUUUAGACUUGAAGCUGCAGUCGAAGAAUUAUUGCUACACAGAAUUUCAGUCAAAUUAUUGGGUUGCAGCAUGAAUUCUGCUUAUUAAUACAACGCACGUGACUAUUUUGCAGCUUGGUCUUUCAAAAUGGAUGAUCAGGAUCAGAGAGGUUGCGAAGUUUCUUACGGAGGUACACUGGGUCCCUUAUUUAUCUGAUGUAUAACCAUCCAUAUUUUUCAGCAAAGUGCUCGAAUUAUUUUGGUGUCUUGAUGAAAUAAUGAUUUAUGGUCGUUUACAUGAAAGCUAAGGGAGCAUCUUUCCCGUUAUUACGCUGUAGAAGGUGCCCCUUACUAUUAAUACUGUGGUAUGACUAUUGAAAUGAAAGCUGCUGAGGUUGCUCUGCUAUACCAGUUCAGGUUCAAUGUCAAAGUGUGACCAUCAAGGAAUAUUUUAAGAGUUGCUGGGUUUUUAUUUCCGGGUAACAUUGUAUUUAUUGCUCGUUUCUCUUGUUUUCAGACAGAAGUCUUCUCGCAUUUCAUUCUACUUCUUAUUAUUUUACACUGGUAAGAAACAUAAUUAUGUAAAACCCACGUAUGUAUUCACUCUGGCCAAUCACCACAGGCACUGUCAAUAAGAACCAAUCAGAACUGAAAGCUGAUACGUGCAUCCGUUGUUCGGCCCAUUAUCCGUACAUUGCGACUGCCUAAUGGCCAUUAUAAAAGUCUGAUGAAUGGCUGCGAGUUUUUAGUUUAGUCGAAAAAAUUGUAGUAUAAAUAAAGUGUGGGUCAGGCAAGUUUCCACUGAAGUUGACUUUAAAAAUCUAAGACACUGUCAGGUUUCUUUGCAGGGAACCAGAGGUUAAGAUAAGCUUGGCGUGUUGCUUAAAGUGUAUCAAUUCUGUCAUUCUGAUCAGUAAUGUCAGUUUUAUUUAUGAGUUGCUUUUGACUUUAUCUUGGGUUGCCCGUGAUUUCUCUCGUAAUUUUUCGUUGUUUAUUCACGUUACUUCACAGUAUUCUCUUUGCCUUCAAAUGGAAAGGUGAAAGUCUUGAGGUCGAGUUAAUUGUCCAAGGUAGGUCAGCAUAUUAUUUACUGUCCUUCCCUUUUUCAACUGUCUUAAGGUCGGCCAAGGGAACAAACAGUCUUUUACGCAACGUUAAUUGUGUGAUCACAUAACGCUCCUUUCUACUGAGGAGCUGUACGUGACAACACAGAAAACGCUAUGUUAUAGAGGGGCAAAAAAAUGCCCUAGAGUUUGGCGUUGCACGGUCUAUUACUAGUUGCAACGUGUCAGUGUCACGGCGCCCUAGACUUCUAGAUUGUUUUUCCUGCGAAAUAGGCCCUUGCAGCUAGCCAUUCACAUCGUACAAAACCGCCAAGCUGGAGAGCAAAGUCGCACUGGGACAAGACAAAUAAAAGGCAUACAUAAUUUUAAAUGGUAAUUUCCUCUGUUUGUCUUGUCCCAGUGCGACUUUUGCUCUUCAGCAUGGCGGUUUUGUACCACGUGAAUGGUUAUCACCUGCAAAGGGCCUAUUCAGGCUGCAUGAACACACCUCUGCACCAUCCAAUAACUGGCAGUUGAUAUUCUAGCCCUGCGAGCAAGCUCUCCAUUUCAAGGAUGUCGUGAAAAGUCACGCGCGAGGAUAACGCGAAAAAAGAGGAGAGAGCGAGAGGCCGGGAGAGAAUCUCUGCCCUCGUGGCCUUUUCGCUCAUCCGCUCGUGUUCUGUCGCGGCUCACUUUGCUAGCCACUCAGAGAGCUUGCUCACAGGGUAUUAAACUUUCAGAAAGAGGUUCAGCUACAUUCUAUUCGUUGGUCUGGACUUCUUUUGCUGGAAAUCCUACACUGCUAGACUCGCUGCGAGUUUUUUGGAGGGAAAACUGAAUCUAUAAAUAGCCUAUUGGCUAAAUAUUUCCCACACUGUGACCCAAGGCUUCUAUACGAAAUGGCGGUCGGAGCGAUGGGCUACUGUUUGUGAGUCUGGUGUUCCGUUUAUACCUCGCUUAUUACCUAUUCCUAUUUUUUCAUUUUUAUUUAUUUAUUGUUAAUUUUCUUGUUGCAGUGACUAGAAGUAUAAUAGUAACAAUAUUCUUGGUACGUAUAUUUCAUUAUGUCAAAGGUAGUUUAAGGUUGGUAAGACGUUGGUUUUACUGAUGGCUGUUUCCCAGGCUGGUGUGGAUGAUUAUAAGUGUUGGAUAUCUCGUAGUCAUAUACAGGUUGCGUCACAGGUGCAAAUUAGGGAAGGGUAGUUGGAGAGAAAAGAGCAACAGGGGGCGGGGGUGGCAGGAAGCACCUGUUAGAAAUACGUCCGUUUUGUGGAACACCCUAGGUUAAUGGGAUCAAUUUAGAUUUCUGGGAAACUGUCCACCUACCCCUCCCUUUAGCCAACGUUAUCACUUACUUCUCACACAGGGCAAAAUGUUGGCUUAGGGGAGCGGUAGGUGGUCAGUUCUCUAGAAACCUAAAUUGAUAGGGUAAUGUAGGGUCAUUUAAAUAUAAAAACAGGUAUCACUUCAAAGGCCUAGUUGUGAUUGCAAAUAUGACUUCUAGAUUCGGGCCUGAGUUUCUUGCAAUUAAGUCUUAUUUUAAAAGGGUAUGAAAAUUUGCACGUUUCCUGUCUGGAGACGGGUUAAGGCUGAACGUCUGCACAAAGAAAUUCCCGGGGGUAUUACGUGGCCACUACUUGAGGGUGCAAACACAUAGAGGAAUGUUCACUGCUUGAAUACCAUAUAGUUAAUUAAUAUGGCCCUUAAUAUGGAUAGAAAAGGAUAUGAACUGUACAAUUUAUUGUUUUUUUCAUUUUACAGUUUGAAGGCAUAAUGCGAAUUUUAGCGGUUGGAAGACAAAUUUUAGAACCUCUCGAGAUUAUGGAUCUAUUCCUGGUGAGCUGUUUCUACAUAGAGAAUGAAGAAUCAACUAUUUAAAAAUUAGGAUGAAUUUAUUGCUCAGUAAUGACAAAAUAUUUGAAACCUCCACUCUCAGCAGUAUGUUUAUUUUUAUUUCUCUUUCUUUUAGACGGCCUUGGCUUUUUCCUCAAACUUCGUUUGGUACACCAGAUAUCCUGACUUUUUUUGGUUUAGAAAUUACGCCACUACAAUAUCAAGCCUCGCUGUAUUCUGUCGACUACCUUUCAACAACAGACAACUCAAGCAAGCGGUUUCUAUCUUCCUAAGAAUUGCACCCGUAAUGGUGGAUCUUCUGUGCCUUUUAGGAAUUAUUGUGUAAGGUUAUAGACUGUUCACAGUCUCCUAGUUUUUCGCAUGAUCUUCAGGAGCGAGCGCUUACCGUUACGGGCGGCCAUCUUGGUUUCAUAUGACACUCAUCCAAGAUGGCCGCUCGACGGAUAAAUAGGGGACUGUGAACAGUCUAGUAAGAUUAUUUUCUCCCAUUUUUAUAGCUUUAACGCUUUUACUUUUAAUUCGUGUCAAGUGUUUGUAACGUUUGACUAUGUGAGGGACCUCCUAAUUUAUGCAAGCAAUAGAACAAACUGCCCUGGGUGCGUGUAGCGAUGUAACUAACUGACGAGUUCACCCAUCAUCCUUGGUGGUGGUGUUGUUAUUGUUGUUUCUGUGUAUUUUUUACGCUGGUAAAUCAGUAGAAAUAUGGAACUAUUGCUCGCUUAAAGUAACUCUAGUUUACCGCUGUUUAAUUCUUAUAAAUUGGUUUUGACCAGUCAGAGCGCAUACAUGAUUUCGGUUAUUUUACAAACCAGCUAUUUUGAAAGCUCGCACCUAAUCAAAGUCCAUCACCAGUAUAUUCCCAUAACCUUUUUUUAAAAUUUUGUAUAGAAACAGGUUCGAAGUAGUCAUAGGGUAACUUUCUGUAAAACCCAGGUACUUGCCCUUGCUUUUUCUUAAGUCUGUUUUUUACUUGUAUCUAAUGAACUUGCAGGUAUUUGAUAGCCAGUGUAGGAAUGGAGUUAUUUCAUGGCGCGCCCGAGACAUGUGAGGGACACAUGUAUCUUCCGGCUUGUGGCCUGGGAUUUCAAACGUUUUGGUAUGUACUUGCUGAGACCCAUCUUUAACUAUAUGAUAAAUCUUGAAAGUUGGAUGACUCAAGUGAGUCAAGUCAACUGUGAAUUCUGAUAAUUUUGUCUCUCAAUUCCUCUCUUAAAUUGAUUCUGAUAAUUAUGAUAAUUUAUACACGUUGGUUCCGAGUAAUUAGUUAUGAUAAAUAUGAUCAAAAUUAUGGACAAAUAAUUAUGAUAAUUUAUAACUUUGAUUCUUUUAAAAACAGAUGAAUCUCUUCUUUAUUACUUCAUGCGCAUACUGUAAUGAAAAAGCUCUGGAAUAUCAAAUGAGGAUUUUUCCAGCCUGUUCAAAAUCCAGGCAAAUUGUAAUAGAUACCGGUCAGAGCAUUGUUCUAUUGAAAGGGAAAGCCAAAGUGUGCUUGUGCUAAUCUUCUGAUUACCUUCAAGUUAAUUCUUUUUAAUUCCUCUCCCAGGUGUUCCGUCCUGAUUUUAUUUCAAAUGGUAACCACGAGCAACUGGCACGAAAUCAUGAACUCGGUGAGUCAUGUUUAACGUUUGCAAGUUUGUAUCUUGUACAAAACUAGGCUCCCAGUCUCGUCUAAAUGGUUUUGUCGACUAGGGGAUCCAUUUGAUAUAUUAAGGAGUUUUAGCAAUGACGACGAGCUGCGGCGACGAGAACGUCAAAAAAGCAAUAGGUUUAUUGAGCAAAACAACAAGUUUAUAAGUGCAUCACGCUUUUUUUGUACUUUUCAUUGCCGUUAGUGCACAACUACGCUGUGGAAAUGCCUAAUUUCUUGUUUUGUGGAGGACGUGAACCCAAGGCUACGACUUUCUUGUUCUUCUCCUGAACAUCGAUGCAAUCUUUUAGUAUUCAACUCCGGAGAAAAUUGCCAAGAUUUGACGAAUUGAACGACAUGGAAUAAGUGCGAUAAAGUUUAAAAAGGAAUAAGCCUUCGAUCAAAGUUUAAUCACGCACGCACAGUUUCGAUAACUUGCCAGACCACAGUUUCUUCAGAAUUUAAGUGACCUUUAUAGGGCCAUUUAUUGCCGUCGCCGUCUUAAAUAAGACGCGAACUUUCCGUUAAACAGCCAUUUCGUCCAAAAUAAGACGCGCCUAAGACGCGUUGACCCCUUAACACCUGUUCUUAGAUAAGACGUGUCUUGGCUAAGACAAGAAAAACUUCGUAUAAAUGCGAGGAGAGGGCAGUAGCAGACCUCCUGGAUGGCCGUUGCUACGGGCAGCAUUCACAUCAAACCGAGUCAAGAACAGAAAUAAGACGCAAACCAUUUAUACGAGCUGUUUUUGUCUUAGAUAAGACAUGCUCGUAUAAAUGGUACAGUACGCGUCUUUUUUUCCUCGUAUUAAUGGCCCUUAUGUCUUUUCCAAAUUGAUGUUUAUUUCUUCUGUUGUAUAAAACACUUCCCUGGUGACUUUUCUUUUCUUUUAUUUGUGUUUUGUUAGGUAAUGGAAGCCACUGGAAAUAACUGGACCAGUCUUUACUUUGUAGCAGCAUAUAUUCUGGUCAAUAUGGUUGUCAUGAAGUGAGUUUGGUCGUUAAUUCGUUGUACACUGUGUAUUUAACUCAUAGUAAAAUGACGACGGCUACCACGUUUUUCCACCAAAAUGACGCUGAUUCACGUGCAAGCACAACUAACAAUUAAGAAAAUCUUGUCCUCGUAGUCUGCCUGUCGUCCUCGUUUUAGAAUCCAAAGGUCUCUGUUGUUUUGUAAAGCUGUAGUGCUGUUUGAAGUGAAUUAAGUGAAGUCGGUCACAAAUGAACGUAUCUCACCCGUGCUAAUUCAUGUUUUAUUUUUUUCAGUUUGUUUGUAGCCAUUGCAAUUGAAGCUUUUAAUAAACUCGGGACAUUGGACGAAGAUCCGCAUCAGCUUAGACCCCAUAUAGAAAGGCAGGCUUCAGAACAGCGACCUCCCACUGUUGAUGUAUGAAGCUUUUUUCUUUCAUUUUCUUCACGAAAAAAGAUUCUUAGGGUGGAGAAUGUUUCCUCUUGUUUUCUUUUUUUCUUGCCUUUUUUUCUGUUUUUCUUCUCUUACGUCUCCUUCCCUCUAACCCUCCCUCACCUCCCUCCCCCGUACCUCUUUUUGUCCUCCUCCCGUCUUCUAGUAAUGCUCUAAAGUCAGUCAUUCCAGAUUACAAGUAAUCUACGCAUUGAGUAUUUUCCUUUAAUCCAUACUUCUCUUUUUGACAGAUAACUGAAUUUUAGAGUGGAAACUUUAUAUAUCAGCGCGUUAAUUACCGCCUUUGCGGAUUAAUAACGUCAAAGCAAAAAGUUUGAAAUGUCAUCCUUCAAAGACAAACACAAGGUCACAGAUUUGUUUGUACUGAGUUAACCUCAUGAGAGUAGCACUGGUGGGUCAUAAAAAGAGAUCUGUUUAUAACCGGUGCCGAAAAAACUGAAACCCUUACCUUUAAAAUAUCAUUUUCGUUGGAUUGUUAGUUUUUAGACACCAAGCCGCGUGUAGUAGUAACAUGUUUAUCUUUUAUGUUAUUACAGGCUUCAGCAAAACACCAUGCUGUUUAUAUGAUUAGCAGUGUAGCAAGCAGUUUAUUUGGAAGCGUAAGGGUGAGUUCAAAAGGACCGUUUAUUGAGCUGGUAACUCUGUUAGCAGAAGUCAUAAAAAAAACGUGAAACGGUUAAUGACUUCGCCCCCAAAAAAGAAACUUUUGCUGGUAGUUUAAGUCAAGAGAGGUGGAGAGGAAAAGUUUGUUUCGUAAAGGCAAGGUGAAAGACUGGCAAGUUUUUACGUGUUUUAAGAGGAAAUUCAUUUGCAUGCACCUGUGUCCUUGUUACAGGUAGACCAAGUUGCAGAAAGAAGGCAAUCCCUGGCAGCUGUAGAAUCUUUAAACGUGAGAAGGGGUACAUUAAAACGUGGCUCCAUUGCGAAGGUAACGCUAGUGUUUUAUUAGCUCAUGACAAAUUAAGUGCUCUUUUCAUACAGUCAGUAUUACAACAUACCUAGAUGUUUGCAUUAUUUUUUGUUCAUUCAGAAUAGAAGACCUUCAAUUCCAGAGGAGAAGGACGAGGAAAAUGGCAAGGAACAGGUAAUUUUGAUGUAUUAGAGUCCACUGUUCAUUAUGUUUGUGAUAAUGAUGAUAGUGUAGAUGAAGUUGUUUUUAUGACGGUGUUGAUGAUGAUUACUCUGACUUUGCUGAUAGUUAUUAUUACGAUGAUGAUGAUGAUGGUGGUGAUAAUGAUGGUGGUGGUGGUAAUGAUGUUAAUGGGUGGUGGUAAUGAUGUUAAUGAUGGUGACAGUGCUAGUACUGUUGGUGGUGAUGAUGAUGAUGAUGAUGAUGAUUGAUGAUAAUGUGUUGGUAACGAUGAUGAUGAGGAGGAUGAUGUUGAUGAUUGAACAAUGAAUUAAAACUAAGCAAAGAUGUUUUAAGCUUCAAACGAAAGUUCAAGUCCUGAAUUUUUUCAGGUGGUGGUUACGAUGAUGAUGAUUGAUUUCACUGGUGACGAUCAUUUCUUCAUUUGGUGGUGGUAAAUGUUAAAAAUGGUGACAGUGCUACUUUGGUGGUGGUGAUGAUGAAAAUGAUGUUGUUUAAGGAAAGAUAAUAAAUGAUGUUAUGAUGGUGACAUGUAUUGGUGGUGAUGAUGAUGAUGAUGUAAAUAAGGACGAUAGUGACACUGGUCGUGAUAAAUAAUUAUGUCGAUGAUAAUUGUGUCGUUGAUGAUACCUCUUAUUGUUUACAAACCCUUUAAUUUAAUACAGGAUGAAGUUUUUGAAUUUGAAAAGGAUGAAGUUGGUGAAGGCAAGGGCGACAAGGUACAAAGUCUUCUUAUAUUUGAGUGUUCGUUAAAAAGUUUUUGUGUUGUAUUAGUGACGUUUUUUCUGUUUUAGCGUGAACGUGUUCUAAAGAAACGAAUGAAGGAGAAAAAACAAGCGAGGAAGAGUAUGGCAAAUGCCGAACAAAAAGUGCGCGUGGUCACUACGUUUAGAGGACUAAGAGAUAAUGAUUUGGAUUUACAAGUGGGUGAUGAAGUCACUGUGUUUUUGAAGGUAAGCAGAACUUUAAUUUAUGACUACGAUAUAAUUGUGGUAAGAUUAGGAUAUAUAUAGCUGAGGUGUGACUGUGGUUGAUUGCCUCGGUAUGUCUGUGGUACAUAGCUUUGGUAUAACUGUGCUACAUACUACACCUGUGGUAUGACUAUAGUAACAUAACUGUGGCAUGAUGUGGUUUGAAAUGUUUUCAAAUGUUCGAUUUACUUAUUAACACUUGCACGCCACUCAAAUAAUCACAACUAUCACAUUUGUCUGAAUAUUAUUCAAAUUUUUAUCGUAGAAAGAUGAUUGGUGGCAAGGCCGUUGCAAAAACAAAGUCGGUUGGUUCCCUGGUAAGGAUGUAUAAGACACAGUUUAAUUGCUUAAGUGGCAACCAGACUGUAUUACCGACAGGUACUGUAGAUAGUGAAUAGUAUAUACCACGUGUCAUUCAUCUUGAAUUCUUCUCUGUGUUAACCCUCCUGACCGCCUGCAGUUGAGAGAUUUCUCAGGGAUUCGCUCCUCCACAAAAGUUUGCCCACAAGCUAACUAUAAAAAAAAAGAAAGGACAGUUUUAUUCCCAGAUUUAACAGCUAGAAUCACCUUGUGGAGGAAAGAAAACAUACCUGUGAUAUAGUAGGGAUAAGUAGGCGCACUUUGUGUGUAGACCCAAACGCUUUCCCCAAAUUAGAAAUAUCAAUAAGAUCAGCGAACUGUGUAGGACCACUUAGACAAACAGCAUGUAUAGAAACCGGAUCUUGGUGAAAAUCAGGAUCAGUAAUAAGGAAGAAAACUUUAAUCAAAAGGCAAGGCUGAUCGGACAGCUAUGGAUUGGUUAUAGAUCACUUCUUGCAAGAGAAAUUUAUGACUGUUUACUUUUUUGCAGCCUCUCACGUAAUCUUAAGAACAGUGAAGGCAAUCCCAGAGUAUGGAAAACGCAAAGGGAAACAUUCCACCGAGGGAGGGGAUGGUGAGAAGGUCAAGCUCUCUUCUCAACCUACCUCUGACGAGAAUGAAAAUAAGGUACUUACAAUCAUUUUCGGAAUCAGAGAAAGAAAACAGCUCAUUAAAGAAGUUUUUUCUUGAAUAACGUAGGUGCAAGAAUUAGUGAAAGAGAAAAGUUCCACUUCUUUGAAUCGAAAGGAAAAUUCCUUCCAUCGUGAGCGAUCCGCCACUGGAGGAACCUUAGCUCCGUGAGUGCAUUAAAUUACUUGUAUCUACAUGACAAUCAUCAGUGUUCUCACCACCACCGCCACCGUCAUCAUCAUCAUCAUUAUCACCGCCUUCAAGGCUUCAUCGUCAUCAUCAUUAUCAUCAUCACCGCCAUCACCACUGUCAUCGUCAUGACUGUCACCCGUCGUCAUCAUGCACACUACCACCACCAUCACCACCCUCAUCAACAUCACCACUAUCACACAUACCAUCAUCCCAUCAUCACCACCCUCAUCAUCAUCAUCAUCAUCACCACCAUCAGCAGCACCACCAUUAUCAUUGCCAUAUACAUCACCUUCAUCAUCAUCAUUACCCAGGAACACAUAACUCAAGGGAUACAGGGAUAUGUGUUGGGGGUAACGCAUAUUACGGGGAAACACCUUAUCACCUAUCCAGGAAAACGGGUAGGGGAAACACAUUUCACUAGGGAUAUGUGUUCGGGGGAAAACAUAUCACGGGAAAACACAUAUCGCUGUGACGUCACAGUGAUGGGUGUUUCCCCGUGAUAAGUUUCGCCCCAAAGACAUAUUCCUAGCAGGCUGGCGGGUGGUAUUGGUGAUAACGAACAUGAUGAUGACUUGCUGAUGCUGUUGUUACGGUGACGAGGUAGUGGUGAUGAUGAUGUUGAGGCUUGGGACGGCAUUGGUGAUAGGGGAAACGCAUAUUCCUAGAUAUAUGUGUUCCCAGGCAUAAAACCCUUAACGCUUAAAAAAUUGGCCAAAGAAAAUGGAAUCCUGACAGAACUACAGAUGAUAAACUUUUGGAAAUAAUGGGAGAGGUCAGGGGCCUCUGAAAAGCAGCCAAAAUUAAUAAAUACACAUUCAGUGUUUAAAAUUCUCCACAGUAUAGGGUACCCGCCAGCAAUAAAAGCUAGAAAACCUCUUAGGCAUGUUCUAGAGCAAAAGGCUAGAUCACGUUUCUAGAGCCUAUGAGUGAGUUUGGCCUGUCAACACUGUAUUUCCUGUUUGAUGUAGAACAAUAGAAUUGUCAUUACUUCUUUGUGAUUGGCCCUUUUGAAUGUUGACGUGUCCUCUGGGAACCGUUCUAUUUUUUGAAUUUAUUCAGGAAAGGGCUGACUCCAAGGGCUUGUAUUAGAAAUAAAAACUCCUAGUCAUAGACCCGCACAAUCAUCAUUAUUACAGCAAAUCACCAUCAAUCUGGGUGUGGAAAGGCAUUCUUUAAUUACGAUGAUUAGUCGCUAUUUUUCUAAUAAUGUUAAAUCUUCUAUCUCUUUGCAGAGGUACUCCACCAGCUGUUAGGGGACGGGUAUGUACAAAGAUUGUGAAAUUAUGACGGAAUAUAUGAUAAACUGAUUGAUUGGUUGUUUCAGUGAUUGAAUUCAACGUUUUUCCUAGAUGAAAGUGAAAAAAUCCGGAGACUGGAGAAGAGAGAUCCUUGGUGAUAUGACUGUCAUGAAUGCAGAAGAGGUACUCUCUUGCUAUUGGUCAAACAGCACCUCACUGAACGGCUCACACGAUUGGCUGUGAAAACAAUAGGAUAAUCAAAAUAACAAUUACCCUAACUCCAGGGCUCGAAGUUAUCUUUUUAGUGCACUUGCAAAGUUUUGCUAGUAAAAUUUUUUUCCGCUAGCAAACUGGUGAGACCACGAGCAAAUUUCGAGUGCUGUAACCCUUGACACAAAAGGCAAUAUUGUUUUAGACGACUAAUUAAAUUAGAGGUUCUUGUGAGGUACUGGACUACUCGAGUCUUGCUAUUGGUCAGUUACGUAUGACGUCAAUAAAAGACAAAUAUUUCCGGCCUCUUUUUCUUGUAGUUGCGUGAGCUGAAUAACAUCAUGAGGGCAGAGCUUAGAACACCAACUGGACUUCGUUCCAAGAGACUGGUAUAGCUAACCUACAUAGUGUUUGUAAUUUUAGUUGAAUUCUGACUUUAUUUUUCACAGUUGUAACGUCCAUGAGAGCAGCUCUUAGUUAGUUAAGGCAAUCGAUAUUUUGAGUAUCUGAGGCAUUGGUUAAUUGCCAACAGUAUCAAUCGAAUUAAGGUUUUCUUUAGGAAUGUUGCUACAAUUUGCUUUUUCUUGCUAAAAAUGGUUUUUAAAUAAAAAGGAGAUCUUAAAGCCUGUACAAACGAUAAAAUUCAAGUGCUUUUUUUGCAAAAAGACUUAAGUUUGAGUGGAAGAUUGUCUCAGUGACACCACAGACAGCCGAAUAUCGGAAUAGGUCGAUCAAUGAAAGUGUAAUGUUUUCCUUGCAGUUAACUACAAUCAAACCUGAGACUAAUCAGUCACUUAUAAACUUAGCUUUAGACUAAGACUCCAACACUGUUAUGGAUUACUCCAACACUGUUAUGGAUUACUCCAACACUGUUAUGGAUUACUCCAACACUGUUAUGGAUUACUCCAACACUGUUAUGGAUUACUCCAACAGUGUUAUGGAUUACUCCAACACUGUUAUGGAUUACUCCAACACUGUUAUGGAUUACUCCAACACUGUUAUGGAAUACAAACUUUAAAUUUCAUUUUUUUUGUUUUCUUAGGGCCCACUUAGACUGGGGAGUGAUGAUGACUCUCUCAGGUAAAUGCUCGGGGAUUUCUUUCAGUAUUGUAAAGUUUUGUAAUGAACGUUACGUUCAACUUUUCCUUUCAUUUUUGUUAGAGAAUGCCCCAUAAAUGAAGACCGCGAACUUGUGGACCUCAAUCAAGGUACAGGAGAUUUAGUUUGAGUGAUCUUUGUUUGCAAAUUAUCUAUUGGGAGUGAGCAGUUUCUGAGAGCGUUUCCUACUCAGGGUUGUCAAAAAGAUUUUAGGUAGCAGGAGAAUAACAGAAAGUAGCCGGCAUGUGUUUCCCGGCGGGGCUGGUAGGGGAAGACAUAUCACUAUUGAUAUAAACAGUUCAAUCCAGGGUAGUAGCAGCUGUCAAACAUGAUAGCAUCGAUACUGCGUCUGAAUUACUAAAUGAAACUUUGAUGGAAGCAUGCAAAGAAGCCGGAUGGAAAGCGAGAGGCACUAAAAUUAAAUGCAAAUCGCAAAUAAAAUGGUUCGAUCAGGAAUGCGAAACAGAAAAAGAAAACUUGCAAUCCCUUGGGGAGAAAAUGUCUCAUAACAUUAAUAAUUCAGAACUGAGACAACUACUGCGAGACAAAAAGAAGAGGUUGAAACAAACUUCUAGACGGAAGAAACGGGAGUCUAUCAGCAAAGGCAUGUCUAAUAUCGAUAUGCAGAACUCCAAAGAGACCUGUUGACACAUAGGAAAAAUCUUUAACUUAGGAAAAAGAAAAACACAUGGAGCUGAAGCAGUGAGUACGGAACAGUUUUAUAAAUACUUUUAGCAACAGAAUGCGACCCCUCUCAAUAAUAUACUAGAUCCGGAGACGAAUAUGGAAACCCACAGUAACGAAAGAGUGGAAGGCCCAAUUGAUUAUCCAAUAACUGAUAAAGAGUUCGAAGCUGCAAUUAACAAACUGAAGGCAAACAAAUCUCCAGGUAUCGAUAAUAUAUUAAAGCGCGGAAGUAAUAAGAAUCGGAAAGGAAGCCAUGAAAGGGCGGGCAUUUAGUACUUUAUUUAAUCGAAUCUUAGAUACUGGCAAAUACCCCACUCUUUGGAGUUUUGGCCUCAUCGUACCUAUUCAUAAGAAGGAUGAUCGAUCCAAAGUCGAAAAUUACCGAGGUAUCACUUUGCUCUCUGCGCAAGGCAAGAUCUUUACAUCAAUCCUCAACAAUCGACUGCACGAGUACGUGGUUCAAAAAGGAAUUUUGAAAGCUGAACAAUGUGGCUUCAGAAAAAUGCAUGGCACAGUUGAUAGCAUCUUCACAUUAAAAACGCUUAUUGACAAGUAUGUGAAGUCUAAACCACAGAAGCACCGAAAUUUACUCUUUCCAUGCUUCGUCGACUUUAGAAAAGCCUUCGACUGUAUACCUCGACAGAAACUAGUCGACAAACUAAACAAAGAAGGUGUCCACGGACGUUUCUUAGACGUUUUAAUAUUCAUGUACUCAACUGAUAAAUCGGAAGUUAAAAUUGAUGACAAAUUAACCCAAUCAUUUACUUGUACAGAAAAGGUUCCAUGUUGUCACCUACUCUUUUUGAUUUCUAUAGGUAUUACAACUCAUGUCACUAUGGAUAUGUGUUUCCCGGCUAGGGAAAAACAUAUCACUUUGGAUAUGUGUAGUGAAGGUAGGGGAACACAUAUAACAGGAAAAAAAGUAUCACUGGGGAUAUGUGUUUCCCGGGUGGGAAAGAACAUGUCAAAAGGGAUAAGUGUUUUCCAGGUAGGGGAACACAUAUCACUAGGGAUAUGUGUUUCCAAGUCGGGGGAACACAUAUCACUAGAGAUAUGUGUUUCCUAGGUGGGGGAACACAUAUCACUAGGGAUAUGUGUUUCCCAGGUGGGGGAACACAUAUCACUAGGGAUAUGUGUUUCCCAGGUGGGGGAACACAUAUCACUAGGGAUAUGUGUUUCCCAGUUGGGGGAACACAUAUCACUAGGGAUAUGUGUUUCCAAGGUGGGGGAACACAUAUCACUAGGGAUAUGUGUUUCCCAGGUGGGGGAACACAUAUCACUAGGGAUAUAUGUUUCCCAGGUGGGGGAACACAUAUCACUAGGGAUAUCUGUUUCCCAGGUGGGGGAACACAUAUCACUAGGGAUAUGUGUUUCCCAGUUGGGGGAACGCAUAUCACUACAGAUAUGUGUUUCCCAGGUGGGGGAACACAUAUAACUAGGGAUAUGUGUUUCCCAGGUGGGGGAACACAUAUCACUAGGGAUAUGUGUUUCCCAGGUGGGGGAACACAUAUCACUAGGGAUAUGUGUUUCCCAGGUGGGGGAACACAUAUCACUAGGGAUAUGUGUUUCCUAGGUGGGGGAACACAUAUCACUAGGGAUAUGUGUUUCCCAGGUGGGGGAACACAUAUCACUAGGGAUAUAUGUUUCCCAGUUGGGGGAACACAUAUCACUAGAAAUAUGUGUUUCCCAGGUGGGGGAACACAUAUCACUAGGGAUAUGUGUUUCCCAGGUGGGGGAACGCAUAUCACUAGGGAUAUGUGUUUCCCAGGUGAGGGAACACAUAUCACUAGGGAUAUGUGUUUCCUAGGUGGGGGAACACAUAUCACUAGGGACAUGUGUUUCCCAUGUGGGGGAACACAUAUCACUAGGGAUAUAUGUUUCCCAGUUGGGGGAACACAUAUCACUAGUGAUAUGUGUUUCCCUGGUGGGGGAACACAUAUCACUAGGGAUAUCUGUUUCCCAGGUGGGGGAACACAUAUCACUAAGGAUAUGUGUUUCCCAGGGAGGGGGGGAACACACAUCACUAGGGAUAUGUGUCUCCCAGGUGGGGGAACACAUAUCACUAGAGAUAUGUGUUUCCCUGGUGGGGGAACACAUAUCACUAGGGAUAUGUGUUUCCUAGGUGGGGGAACACAUAUCACUAGGGAUAUGUGUUUCCCAUGUGGGGGAACACAUAUCACUAGGGAUAUAUGUUUCCCAGUUGGAGGAACACAUAUCACUAGAGAUAUGUGUUUCCCAGGUGGGGGAACGCAUAUCACUAGGGAUAUGUGUUUCCCAGGUGGGGGAACACCUAUCACUAGGGAUAUGUGUUUCCUAGGUGGGGGAACACAUAUCACUAGGGAUAUGUGUUUCCCAUAUGGGGGAACACAUAUCACUAGGGAUAUAUGUUUCCCAGGUGGGGGAACACAUAUCACUAGAGAUAUGUGUUUCCCAGGUGGGGGAACACAUAUCACUAGGAAUAUGUGUUCCCCAGGUGGGGGAACGCAUAUCACUAGGGAUAUGUGUUUCCCAGGUGGGGGAACACAUAUCACUAGGGAUAUGUGUCUCCCAGGUGGGGGAACACAUAUCACGCUAGGGAUAUGUUUUUCCCAGGUGGGGGAACACAUAUCACUAGGGAUAUGUGUUUCCCAGGUGGGGGAACGCAUAUCGCUAGGGAUAUGUGUUUCCCAGGUGGGGGAACAGAUAUCACGAGGGAUAUGUGUUUCCUGGGUGGGGGAACACAUAUCACUAGGGAUAUGUGUUUCCUAGUUGGGGGAACACAUCUCACUAGGGAUAUAUGUUUCUCGGUUGGUAACCUGAGAUCAGGCGUUUUUUUUUUUUUUUUUUUUUUUGCUUCUUUGGCUCGAGAGGGAAAAAAAUAACGCCUGAUACAUUUAUUUAACAAGCAGUCAACCGCCCCCUAAUUUACAUAAUCUAACGUUUGCUUGACCUGUCAUGUUUUUAGCCAAUAAGCGUUUACCAAACGGGAAUCAAAUUUUGGCGCGAAUAAUGUCUCUUUUGAAAUCAGUUUUAGGGAAAAAAAAUUUUUAAGUACGUCCGUGUUCAGAUGGCGCUUCGUAAAAAAAAAAAAAAAAAAUGUGUUGUUUUUGUGAUGAAAUAUACUGCUAGCUGGAGCUGUCGUACCUUUAUGAAUAGCUACAAAUAAUAAAUAAUUUACUGGUUAAAGCUCGUUGACUUCGUUCUGUACCGAAAGCAGUGGAAAAAAAAUUAGGCUGAAGCACCAUAUUUCACGAACUGAAAGGUGUUGUGAAAGCGAAGAUCGCUCAGAAUAAUUCGCAGCAUGAUUUCUGAAAGAGGAAAUACAGUCAAACCAGGUCAAGAUUCCAUUCAUGAAUUGAUUAUUUGAAAAGUGAACCCGUUUGUCGCUUCUGUAACUUGUAGCCGGUAUCAAAUUGCAUUCAAAUGAUCGGUGAAGUUUUGACUGCAACUGUUUUGGUAUACGAUGAGAUGGUAAAUAUUUCAAUGGAUGAAACUUCUAUUUAGGCAUUCUUCAAAUUCAAGAAAAGUGAGCGGGCAGAAAUUUCAUAACGAACUCGCGUGUGUAUUCACUGCUUAUUACGCAAGCAAAAAUGCAGACUGAAAUCAACAACAACUAACGGAUGGCGUCAUUUUGGCCAAUCGGAACAGCGCAAAUCAUCCGCAUUGUUUCCUAUCCAAUCAGAAAAAAGUCCAGAUUCUGGCAUUUUUACAUGCGAUCCGACAGAGAAAUGUAUCAUACCCUCUUCCCGUGAGAGACAUAAAGGGAUAAUAGGGAGAGGGCAUGAUCUCAGGCUACUCGGUUGGGGGAACACAUAUCACUAGAGAUAUGUGUUUCUCAGGUGGGGGAACACAUAUCACUAGGAAUAUGUGUUUCCCAGGUGGGGGAACGCAUAUCACUAGGGAUAUGUGUUUCUUAGGUGGGGGAACACAUAUCACUAGAGAUAUGUGUCUCCCAGGUGGGGGAACACAUAUCACUCGGGAUAUGUGUUUCCCAGGUGGGGGAACACAUAUCACUAGGGAUAUGUGUUUCCUAGGUGGAGGAACACAUAUCACAAGGGAUAUGUGGUUCCCAGGUGGGGGAACACAUAUCCUUAGUGAUAUGUGUUUUCCCACCUAGGAAACACAUAUCCCUAGUGAUAUGUGUGUCCAGGGUAGGGGUAGACAUAUUACUAGGGAUAUUGUUUUCCUAGGUAGAUAAGGUGCUUCACAAAAAAGAACAUGUAGAUCAUGAUUAAAACAAUUUUUUUUCUGGUUUUUAUUUUACAACUUUUUUAAUCGUCCAUUUUCUUCGCUACUUUCCAAUAAUUUGCAGGCGUCCAAAACCUUAAGGUAGCCGGUGAUAGCGCCGGUUGCCGGUGCAAUUUGACAACCCUGUUCCUCCUACUUGUGCCUCCACGAAAGAACUUGUUUAAUAAUCUUUAUUAAUCCAUAUGCCUCCUAGUUUGAUAAGCUGUUUAGCUAUUUUAUUGGUGGCUGGUACCUUUGAUAAGUAGUAUUGUCUUUUCUUAGUGUCUUUUUUUCUGUGCGUGGACCAAAUAAAAUUGUUGUCUUGUCUAAUCUUGUCUAUUCUCCACUGUAGAAAUCAGAAGGAAACUUUUCAUUUCGAUAGAACGUUCGCAAAGACUUUUGGGAAUGAUACUCUGGAAGGAAAAAAAUAACAAAUGGCUGACCGGUGCGUUCCCAAGAAGGCCUUGCGAACGCUAACUCGACUGAGGUUCCUCGGUUCUAAAGUGGUGAAUAGAGACGCGGCACUCUAGUUUUUUCCACUGGAACUCAUUUUACGUUGACCUCUGUUUUGUAUGACAGAAUAAAGAUUCUAUUUUGUACUUUCCUCUCUGUAGUUAGACCAAACAGCGGUGUAUCACUGGAACCAAGGCCCUUCUCGGGUCGCUUUAUGGGCCGGUCUGGGAGUCCACGGUUCGGACAGAAUGCUGUUUCUCCUUCAGGCAGAUUUCGUUCUGAAAGUGGAAGCAGCGGUGAAAGAUCGCCACGAGUACCUUCGGUUGAGGUAUGUAACCUCACUUCUCGCAAUUCAUUCCUUCACAUAUUCCCUUGGGCUGAUUUCAUCCCUUUUUCCAGGAAAAAUAAAACGGCGGAAAGAGUGAGGUCGGAUGAGAUGAAUUGUAUAGUUUCAAUUAAAAAGUGUUCGAUGUAUUGAAUAAUAUGAUGACUGUUAGUGGUAUGUAAGUUAAGGUGAACAAGAGGUCGCUGAAAAUUAAAUUUAAAGGCACAUAGAGUGGGUCACUAAAUUUUGGUUUUCUUAUGUACAACUCAUUGUUUUAUCGACCAACCGUGUAUUCUUUAUUCAAAUUUAUUGUAAUAUUUGUGUCUUGUUAAGUUUUUCAGCCCUGGCACCCCUUCUCCACCCUCCACAAACACAGACAAGCCAGACCCCUUGAACAUCAGCGCCGGCAAAAGAACUUCACCAAAACAGGAGAAAAAACAGAAACAGAAAACAAACAAUGGCGAGAUGCCAGAAUGGAUGAUCAACUUUGUGACGACAAACAAUUUAGUGGUCGGUAAAGACGUAAAACUGGACGAAUCCAAGGCAAACAGGAAACGAAGGUCAUCUACCAGCACUUCCGGUACAGGGACCACAACUAAGACUGGAACCAAAACAGGGACGGGAACCGGAAGUAAGGCCGGUUCCUCAUCUCCACGGGUUGCUUCAAAAUCUCGCGCGUCACCCGCUGUGGCUAGGAAAGCCGAUAACAGUCCCGCUGGCUCGCGCAGCCCUUCUAUUGGGAGACCCGUUACGCCUGCGAAAGGGACGGGUAGAAGAUCCGCCGCACAGUAGA